AUGGUAACCUACGUGUUGACACUCGAACAAUUAACAGUUGACAAGACAGCCACCAGAUGGCGACCACACGCAGAUAUCUCCGAAGCCAAAGAGCAGUAUAGAGGAUAUUACUGUAGGAAGGGAAGAUAUUACUAUAGGAAGAGGGGAGUCGUUACACGAAGCGGUGGAAAGAACCUGAUACUAUGUAAAGCAGUUACUGCUGCCAUCCUCGACCCUGGAAUGGACCGACCUUCGCUCCGUCAUUAUCCUCUUCAGCCUCCAGCUCCAGUGGGCGUUAUGGAAUCCUCGACUCCAUUCUUCGUCCCGCUCCAAAAGGUAAAAGAACCGGGACGGAAUUAA